UUGACGCCCGCCCCGUCUCCCCCACCGUUCCUCUCCCGCCAGCCCUCAAUUCGCAUUUCCCCGCGCCGCCGCUGUUGUUCUCUACUAUCACAGUUGCGUCAUCCCGUCCUCUUAUGGACCCCUCUUGCUCCUCUUCCUUACCAUCCACCACCCAACCUCUACCCUAUCACACCGUUCUUCACCCUGAACCUAACCACACUUCCGCUGAUCUUCCUUCCACCAUUGCCCUCAUCCAAAAUCUGACAACACUCGCUGAAUCCACCAUCGAUUCUAUUUACGAAUUUCUCUCUUCCACCCCUUCCUCUUCAUCCGCCGCCAGCUACGUUGGUCGCUGCCCUUUCGACUCUCGUCACCUCUUGCCGCCGGAGUCCCUCUUUCGCCAUUCCCUCACCUGCUCCUCCGCCCCUGGAUCGCGUCUUUUGGACCUAGGCUUUCUUGAUAACUUACAUUACCCAAAAUCACUCAGGUCCGAAGACCAGCUCCUGAAGGAGAAUAUCUUUGUCCGUCCCCUUCCUGAAGCUGAAGCGGACAUCUGCUUCUCUCUUGAGGGCGAGCUUGGAGAAAUCUAUUCGAAUUUCUUCUAUAAGGACUGCCCUGGCGUUGUUACUUCUCCUGAGCCGAGCGCAACCUGCAGAACCUUUACGCUUCCUGCUAUUUUGUCCUCCGAGUGCGCCAACUUUAUUAAUGAACGCUGCGAAGGAGGCGGAGAUUUGGAGCAUAAGGUUGGGAUUCUUCCAUCGGAUUUGUUGGCUUUGAGAUCUGAAGUUGAAGCGUGGAGUAACUUUCCUGCUGCAUAUUCUCAUAGAGUUCUCCUUGUUGCUGUGCAUAUGCACAGGGCUGAUGAAUUUAGUUUGAAAAGAUGGAUAAUUAUGAACUCUCCUAAAUUUGGGAUCUUGAUUGAUGCGGCAAUGAGGGAUCAUGCUUUUUUGCUUCUGAAGCUCUGCCUGAAAGUAGUAAGGACAGAAGCAGUUUGCUCUCUCAAGUUGUUUUUGGAGAAAAAAGGGUUUUUGGAUCCAAAGGUUGUUAGAUUUGAGUGCCCGCAGUUGGUUAGCAGCUUAACAUGGCUGGCUUCUCAAAUUUCUGUUUUAUAUGGUGAAGUGCAUGGAAAAUUCUUUGUGAUGGGAAUGCUGAAGGAGUCCUUCCUGUUUGCUGGAAGAUGUUUGAUGUUGUUUAGGAGGGAGGACAAGAAUAUCAUCACUGGUAACAUGGAGGUCGAAGUCCACAAACUUUCUGAAAUUUCAAGCUGCGACAAAGUUUUUGUCUCUCAAGUUGCGUCUGCAAUUGCUGCAUUGCAUGAGCGAUCCUUGUUGGAGCAAAGACUUAAUGCGCUGAGGUUUGCCGUACCACUGCCGAGAUUCCAUCGGUUAAAUGAAUAUAUAUCUACAUCGAUUAGGGCAUCUCAGGAACGAGCAAAACGUUCCAACUAUAGAGCAUUAUUGGAGCAUGAUGGACUUCUUUGGCAGCGCCCUAACAAUCCGGAAUUUGGCAAGUCAAAAACUAGAGAAGAGCUAUUGGCUGAGGAAAGAGAUUAUAAACGGAGAAGAAUGUCAUAUCGUGGAAAGAAGUUGAAGCGAAAUACAACGCAGGUUUUACAUGACAUUAUUGAAGAGCACAUGGAGGAAAUCUACCUGGCAGGAGGUAUAGGUUGUAAUGUGAAAAUGGCUUCAGAAAAUACUUUUCUCCCAAAAUUUGAGAGUGAAAGAAGUAAAGGCCUUGAGCUGCGGUGCAGUUCAAAUGAUGCAUAUGAGGCUAAAAUGAUGAAAGAAAAAACUCAUGAGCAUGAUUCUCUUAAUGAUGGAUCAAGCACCGGAUCUUUACGAAAGGCCCCUCAUGAAACUCGUUAUGAGUUCUAUGAUGAUCAACAUAAAUUGGAGAAAACCAAGCGAGAAACACUGAACUAUCGUUCCAGAAGCCCCUCAUAUCACAGUGGUUAUUCUCAUUCAAGGGAUAGAUAUUCAGAGCAGACGGAUCAAACAAAUUGGAGGUCAACUAGAGAUAAGUAUGAAAGGAGAGGUUCUAACUAUAUGUCUAGUUAUAAAGAUUACGAUAAUAGAUCAACUUUGACUUCAAAGUCUCACGAAGCUACAAGAUUUGAGUACAAUUGCACACUACAAUCUAGAAGAAGAUGUGGCAGCAGAGCUUCUGAGAAGCAGCGGACGGAUUCCAGCAGAGUGGAUAUGUUUGAGGACAGAUAUGAACCUUCUCGUUCAUAUGACAGUUCUGAUACCUUUUAUGAAGUGGAUUCUGGAGGAAGCCAUUAUCUCCAGCCACAAAAGCCUGUCAGCCUAAAAAAUGAUAGUGAGCAUCAUUACAAGAAAUAAAGCAGCAAAUCUCAUUACCAUGUACCUUUGCUAUGGCUUCAUCAAACUCUUCAACACAACGCCGUUAUGUUUUGGGGAGGGGCUGAGAAAGUCACUCUAGAGGAAAUAUAAUAGAAGGUUCCUUUCUAAUUUCUCUGAUUCUACUUUUUAUUUUUAUUUUAUUAUUGCUUUUUUAAAACAUAUCCAUUGUGAUGUUUAAAAGACUGGUGAAAUAUAAAUGUAGCAUUAAUAUAAAGAACAAACAAUGUGAUUCAUAAAG